CGCGGUCCGCCUGCCUCCCAGCGAUCAGCCGUCCGGAGUGUGACCAGAGGGCAUGCCGGAUCCACCAGGGGCGCCGCCGCCUGCGCUCGCAGGCCGCGGAUGAAGAAGAAAGCACGGCCUCGCUCGGCCCGGAGCGAAGAGGUGACCCGGAGCGAAGAGGUGACCCGGAGCGAAGAGGGGUCCCGGAGCGAAGAGGAGGUCGGAAGCGAAGAGGUGGCCCUGAGUGAAGAGGUGGCCCGGAGCGAGGAAAUGGCGGCAGCCGGGCUCAACGUAACCGUCACCCACAGCAAUGAGAAGCACGAUCUUCAAGUUAUCCCGCAAGAGGGCUGUAGUGAACCAAUUGUCCAAGACCUGGCCCAGGUUGUUGAAGAGGCCACAGGGGUCCCGCUGCCUUUUCAGAAACUCAUAUUUAAGGGAAAAUCUCUGAAGGAAAUGGAGACGCCAUUGUCAGCACUUGGAAUACAAAACGGUUGCCGGGUCAUGUUAAUUGGGAAAAAGAGCAGUCCAGAGGAAGAAGUUGAACUAAAGAAGUUGAAAGAUUUGGAGAAGUCUGUGGAGAAGAUAGCUGACCAACUGGAAGAGUUGAGUAAAGAGCUUACUGGAAUCCAGCAGGGUUUUCUGGCCAAGGAUUUGCAAGCUGAGGCUCUCUGCAAACUCAACAGGAGAGUAAAAGCCACAAUCGAGCAGUUUAUGAAGAUCUUGGAAGAGAUUGACACACUAGUUCUGCCAGAAAAUUUCAAAGACAGUCGAAUGAAAAGGAAGGGUUUGGUGAAAAAGAUUCAGGCGUUCCUAGCUGUGUGUGAUACAGUGGAGCAGAGCAUCUGCCAGGAGACAGAGCGACUGCAGGCCACAAACUUGGCCCUGGCUGACUGAGGAUCACAGCAGACAAGGAUGAGGCCACCUCCUCAGGAACCCUCUGGCCGGCUCAAGGUCUUAUGAAUGAAGAAAUGAGACCAAAUAGGAGAUCCGAUGUACCAAGGUCAUGUUCUGGCCCUGCUCGCUCUGACUCAUUUCUUGCCUCUCCCCCGUUCUCCUUUAAAUGAGAAUGUACUCCAGCAUACCCACCUUCUUAUAUUUCCUCAAAUAUAAACUUUCUUUCCCUUCUAGAUCUUUCCAAACUCAUUUCUCUACUUGGAAUUACCUUCCCUUGUUUCUUCUUUUUCCUACCUAAUUUCUACUUAUCCCUCAGGGCUGAGCUGAGGUGUCACCUCCCCUGGGAAGUCUUCCCUGCCUUGUCCUUGCCUGGUACCCACAGUACCCUGUGCACCCCCAUCUGGGCCUUUAGCAUUCUGUGUUGCCGUUAGCUGACCUUCAGCUUGGCUUCCCCCUUAGACUGACUGUUUACCCCAGGAGCCGGUAAUGCUGUCUAGCUUAUUAUGCCCUGUUGUAUCCCCAGUACCCAGCACACAGUAGGUGUUCAAUAAAUAACUGUUGGCUGGAGGAAUAAAUGAACAAAUAAGGUCACCUAGUCAGUCGGGGGCAGAACAAGGAAAAGAGCCCAGAGUUUCUACCCUCACCCCGAACCCCCCACCAGUGGGCUUUCUGCUUGGAACCAUGUGCCUUCUUUUGAUUUAUACUUGCAUUCACUCUGUUA